CUAAGAUGGUUUGCAAGAAGAAGAAGAAGAAGAAGAAGAAGAAGAAGAGCUAACCUACCAAGCAAACAUGUGCUAGGAGCUAGCUACAAGAAGAGAAACAGAUGAUGUCAUCAAGUUAGUUGUUCCUUCUAAAAAGGUGUUUAGUCUGCUGUUUGUUUCCAGACGCUGACAUUGAGGCGCAGAUCCAACCAUGCCGCUCCAGUUUGUGUAUAGCAACCAGGACUUUGUCGCAGAUGUGCGUCGGAGCAGUGGCAACGGACUUGGGAUGGCGUCACCACCGCCAGCAAAGUUUGACACGGCUAUGCAAGCUGGCUGGACAGACAGGAUGAACAGGGCGCUCUUCCGCUACCAUCUGGGUGAUUUACAAACACGUAUCCUGCCGGGCCCGCACGGCUAUGUGGCCCAACUGAAUAUUCAAAGAGGAAUCGAGAGGAGAAAGCCUCAGGAGAUACUGAGCAUUCAGCAGGAGUUCAAUGCCAAGCAGUUUAAUUUUAACAAAAUCAAUCCAGAAGAAAUCCUAUUUGAGAUGAUAAAGGAUGCUGAGGGAAGAAAUGAAAAGGGACAGUUGCAUGAACCCUGCAGGAUGGUUGUGCUGGUCAAUGUCAGCCCUUUGGAGUUUGGACAUUGUCUCUUUGUUCCAGAUCCUUCACGCUGUCUCCCACAGGUCCUGACGAAGUUCGCCAUCCAGGCUGGCAUUGAAUCUGUGCUCCUGAGCUCCGAUCCUGGCUUCCGUGUGGGGUUCAACAGUCUCGGGGGAUUUGCGUCUGUCAAUCAUUUACACCUACAUGGGUAUUACCUGGAUCAUGAGCUCAAGAUAGAAUCUAUGCCAGUCAAGCCGCUGGUUCCUGAAAAGGGGUUUUAUCGCUUGUUGGACUUCCCUGCAGGCUUUUUGUUUUACACAGACUCCGAGUGGGUGGAGAAAGUUGCCGGAGCCAUCUGUCAAGUCACAGACUUUCUCGUGGACGGUAAUAUUGCUCACAACCUGUUCUUGACUAGAGGAUGUCCGCCCUGUGAUCGCAUACGGAACGAAAAGGAUCGGUGUUCAGGAAGAGGCGUUCGUAUCGCCGUAUGGCCCAGAACAUCAUGCUUUGGCGCCAAGGAGGAGUCUGCCUUCAACGUUGCUCUCUGUGAGCUGGCUGGACAUUUACCAUUUAAGAACAAGAAGGACUAUGAGCUCAGUACUGAGAAAGAUGUAAUAGAGAUCAUCCAGAGGUAUCUUCUGCCUGAUGCAGAGUUUCACACGUUGGAACAGCAGCUUACUCAUCAUUUGAUGGACUUAUAACGUAUGAACAUUGGUUGGCUUUAGUUAGAAGCUACAUAUUCUUCACAAGUUCUGAAAUGUGUUUAGGGUUUUGGUGAAAAGAGAAGAAGAAGAAAAUGAUCUUUUCUCUGGAUUAUGCUUAUGGAGCUAUGCUGAAUCUCAUCUCCUGCAUCUGGCCUAAGUACAACAUUGGAUGUGCACAGAAAUACCAUCUUACAUAAAUAUAUUUAUCAGUGAGAAUGUAUUUAAUGGACUAAUGGAUGUACUGUAUUAAAACUGGUUUCAAAUAAAAUGGCAAAAGCAUUUUAUCUAAAAAUAUAAAA